GCCGCCCCCAGACUCCGCCGACCGCCCUCCCGCCCUCCUUCCGGGUGCUCCGCGCUUGCCGUCGCCGCCGCUGCCCCCGCCGAGCGCCAGAAUGAUUCAUGUUGCUGGAAUAACGGAAGCCCAACUGCUGUCGUCAUUUUCUAGCACUGGGCCCUGAGGAAGGGGCAGGGGGCAACGCUGCCCUAAGCCGCCUCAGCUUCUUCCAGGCCGCCCAACGCUGGUUGUGGUGUACCCAUGUCCCGAUGGAGAUGAAGAGCGCCUUCCUGCAGGGAGCCCAAGCCAGACUAUGACAGCGUAUCGGCCUGUGCAUGAGAGCUGCGACGUGGGGGGCCUGGACCCCACAGGGGGCGAUUACUCUUCUCCAGGAUCCUGGGCCCAGAAUGGCUGCACCCCACAUGUGGAUGAUGCAUCUCCUUUGCGACCAGCCACCACAACGCCUGCCGUGCCAAAAAUGGGGGUGCGGGCCCGGAUUGCCGACUGGCCCCCCAAAAGAGAAGGGUUGAAGGAUCCAGCCACCCCCAGUGCUGCCAAGGCCCCAGAGGCCCCGUGCCCCAUGCAGUGGGAGUUUCAGAAUGGGCAGCUGCCCAAGGAGGCUGCCUUCCCCUCAGGGCCGAGGGCUUCCCGGCGCCUGGCUCGGAGGAGGUCCAAGGACACUGAGUUCCAGGAUGGGUGGCCGUGCUCUCCCAGUAGGGCGUUCCUGGCGCUGAGGAACAGGAGCAGCAGCGAGGUCACCCUGAGCGAGUGCGACCUGGAAACUGUGAUGGAGCCCCGGGGAGCCCGACUGGCUGGUGGCCUGCCUCUCUUCCGCGAGUAUGGCAGCACGUCCUCCAUUGAUGUGCAGGGCCUCUCUGAGCAGACCUUCUAUGAGAUGCUUAAGGAGUUCCAGAGUGGGAAGUUGGUGGCUGGGCAGCGGCAGCGGCAACGGCUGGUGGAUUCCUUCCACACCGCCAGGAGCGCCAAGGCAGAGGCCCGAGCAGAACCAGAGCUGCCCCUUCAGCCCAAGGAGAAGCCCCGCAAGAAGGGUCUCCGAGGAGAGGGGAGCGGGGGGGACUCCAUCUUCCGGAAGCUGCGGAGUGGCCGGGCGGAAGGCGAAUGCAGUAGGGCCCCAGGGGAGGUGGAGGAGGUAGGCCGGGGCUGGCUGUGCCCAAAAAGCCUGGCCCACUACGAUGUCCAGAGCCUGCUCUUUGACCUGAACGAGGUGGUGGCGGCCAGGCGGGUCUGUGUGGCACAGCGGAAGAACACCACCACUGGGGCUUCGGCUGCCUCCGCUGGCUCAGCUGCUGCCACCUGUGGACUGGCCAACCUGGACCCGCAAAGCACCUUCUUCAGCCCUGAGGACCUGAACUCCAAGGAGAAUCUGGAGCACGACCCAGGGGACAACAACAGCAACAGUCUGCUACUCAGCUGUCCUCACUUCCGCAAUGAGAUUGGGGGCGAGGGAGAGCGCAACAUCAGUUUUUCACCUGCCUCUGUAGGUAGCUGUGGGGAAGGGGCCUUUGCGGAGAUGGCCCCUGCCCCUUACUGUACAAAUGCCAGCAUCUCUGUGCUGGAGACGCCCCAAGAGCUGCAGCGCAGCCUCAGCCGGUUGAAGCACUAUAGCAUCGAGCACGUGGACCUGGGCGCCCGGUACUACCGGGACUACUUCUCUGGCAAAGAACAUUUUAACUACUUUGGUGUGGAUGAGAAGCUGGGCCCCGUGGCUAUCAGCAUCAGGCGCGAGAAGCUGGAGGACCAUCGGGAUUUCGGGCCUCAGUACCAGUACAGGAUUAUCUUUCGCACCAGCGAGUUGACCACCCUCCGUGGUGCCAUCCUAGAAGACGCAACGCCCACCACCACCAAGCACGGCACUGUCCGUGGCAUCCCCCUGAAGGACGUGCUGGAGCAUGUGGUCCCUGAGCUGAACACACACUGCCUGCGCCUGGCCCUGAGUGUCCCUCAAGUCUCUGAGCAGCUGCGGAAGCUGGACGAGCAAGGACUCUGCCGGAAGCACAAGGUGGGCAUCCUGUACUGCAAGGCCGGCCAGAGCUCGGAGGAGGAGAUGUACAACAACGAGGAGGCUGGGCCGGCCUUUGAGGAGUUCCUGGCCCUGCUGGGGGAGAAGGUCUGCCUGAGGGGCUUCGGCAAGUAUGCCGCGCAGCUGGAUACCAAAACUGACUCCACCGGCACCCACUCCCUCUACACAACCUACCAGGGCUACGAGAUCAUGUUCCACGUCUCCACGAUGCUCCCCUACACCCCCAACAAUAGGCAGCAGCUGCUGCGGAAGAGGCACAUCGGAAAUGACAUCGUCACCAUCAUCUUCCAGGAGCCAGGAGCCUUGCCCUUCACCCCCCAGAAUGUCCGCUCUCAUUUCCAGCAUGUCUUCAUCAUCGUUUGUGCCCAGAAUCCCUGCACGGAGAGCGUCUGCUACAGCGUGGCAGUGACCCGCUCCAAGGAUGUGCCCCCCUUUGGGCCGACCAUCCCCAGUCAGGCCGCCUUCCACAAGUCGGACGUCUUCCGAGAUUUCCUGCUUGCCAAGGUGAUCAACGCCGAGAACGCUGCCCACAAGUCAGACAAGUUCCACACCAUGGCCACACGCACGCGGCACGAGUACCUGAAGGAUUUGGCCGAGAACAGCGUCACCAGCACCCCCAUCGACUCCUCGGGGAAGUUCAACCUGAUCUCGUUGGCCUCUAAGAAGAGGGAGAAGACGAGGGGUGCUGGGGCUGAGCAGCAGAGUGCAGGGGCCAUCGUGUGGCGCGUUCUGGCUCAGGACUACUUGCAGGGAAUGGAGACUGAGUGCCUGCUGGGCAUCUCCAACGAGUUCGUGGUCCUCCUGGACCUUACCACCAAGGAAGUGGUCUUCAACUGCUUCUGCGUGGAUGUGAUUGGCUGGACGCCAGAUAGCUGCAACCUCAAAAUUUUUUAUGGACGUGGGGACCAUAUUUUUGUCCGGGCCCCAGAGAAUAACCCUGAAGAUGUUAAAGAGAUUGUGCAGAGGCUGAAGGUUAUGACCUCUGGUGCUGAGACAGUGGAGAUGACUCUCCGGAGGAAUGGGCUGGGGCAGCUGGGUUUCCAUGUGAAGUUUGACGGGACGGUGGCUGAGGUGGAGGACUACGGCUUCGCCUGGCAGGCGGGGCUGCGGCAGGGCAGCCGGCUGGUGGAGAUCUGCAAGGUGGCCGUGGUUACCCUCAGCCACGACCAGAUGGUCGACUGGCUGCGCACCUCGGUCACCGUGAAAGUGGUGGUGAUUCCACCACACGAGGAUGGUGUUCCACGCAGGGGAUGGGCCGAGUCCCUGAAGAUGAGCUUGAUGGAGCCCAGAGGAGAACCCGAAAGCCUGCCAGGGGGCUACCGACCUCCAUACCGCAACUCAGCCUGGCAGUGGAGCGGCUCCGCCACCCACAGCUCCUCCCAGCCUCCCAAGUGGGCUGAGCAGCCGGGGCCUGGCCAGUCCCAGUCCCUCACCAGGACCCCAAAGCAGAGUGCCCUUACCCCUUACCGCCAGGCCCAGCCCCUGCAUGGCAAAAGGCCUGCCAGCUUCCCAGAGACCCCCCGUGUCGCCCCCUCCUCCCAGAGUGGCACAGAGAAGACCCAGCCAUAUCGGCAGCCCUCAGGCAGUUUCUCUGUUCCGGGCUCUUCGGGAGGACCCUUUGCCUGGUACAAGCUCUCGCCGGACAAUUCUGUGCACAGAUAUGUGGUCCCCUUGAGGCCUCCAGGGCCUUUUGAGCCGCUCUGCCCCUCCGAAGCGACCUCAAACGGGGACUCCUCUUCGUCCGGCGGGGGGCUGGCUAGCCAGGAAGGCACCGUGGAGAGGCCCAAGCCUGAGCUGCUAUGGCACAUGCCGGGGCACUCCGGAUUCUCAGCGGCUUCUGGGAACAAGCGGCCAGGCCAGUGGGAGUUGCCUGGCAAGGACUUCCCAGAGCAGCCCCCCAAGGGUGAGGGGCAGACGUCCAGCAGCAACACGCUCUCCAGCACGGCCUCCAGCAGCGCCCACAGCGAUGACCCGGCCGAUCCUGCUGACAGUGCGGCUGAGCGCUGGGCCAAGGGCGGCGUCUCCAGCAAUGGCGGCAUCGAUGCCAGCAGUGCCACGUCCAUCCGGCGCGACCGGGUGCCCGUGUCCUCGCCUCUCUUUGGCCCCGCCCUCCCCGAAGGCCAUGGGAAGAGGGCCGAGGCGGCCUGGCCUGCCGGCCAUUUAGGCAGACGGAGCUGGAAUUACUGCCCCAGGGCCUUCGGGAGAGGAGUUGGCGGCCCCACCAGGGGGGGCAACAACAGCACCCCAGAGCCUUUCUGGCAGGCCAGCCCCGGAGCCUCUAGGGCCACGUACCCCAUCCAGGUCUACAAGACCCCCCCCGCAGACAGCUCCCGGGCGGCUCCCGGGUCUCAGUCGAGCUCCCAGCUCUCGGCUUCUGUGCCCAAGUCCUUCUUCUCCAGGCAGAGUGGACGGAGCACCAGGCCUCUGCCUGCCGGGUGGAAGAAGAGCCCGGAGGCUUCAGCCAGGCCAGCCCCCUUCGCAGAGCCCCAGAAGCAGGUUGACUUGAGCACCAAGAACGUCUUUGGGCAGCCUCGCCUGCGGGCUUCUCUGCGGGACCUUCGCUCCCCACGCAAGGCCUACAAGUCGACCAUCGAGGAUGACCUGAAGAAGCUGAUCAUCAUGGACUCCGCUGGGCUGGAGCAGGAGGACGAGCUGACCCCCCAGAAAACACUCCAGCGGACCCUCUCGGAUGAAAGCCUGUGCAGCGGCCGGCGAGACCCCUCCUUUGCCAGCAGCGCCUGCUUCGAGCAGCCCCUCUCCAGCGACAUGCUCUUCACCAGCACCCUCCCUGUGCGGAAGCCGGCCAGCAGCGGCCGGGGGUGCUCCUUGGAGAAGGGUGAGUCUGGUGGAGCCCCACUACCGGAUGCAGCCACCAUCUCGGCCUCUGAGCUCUCCCUGACCGAGGUGCGUGACCAGCCCCUGCGGCGCCUUGACCCGGCCCUGAUGCCCCUGCCAGACACAGCCGCGGGCCUGGAAUGGUCCAGCUUGGUCAGUGCUGCGAAGGCCUAUGAAGUGCAGAGAGCUGUCUCCCUCUUCUCCCUCCAUGAGACCAUGUUGAGCCCAGAUGUGCAAUCGGCUGGCAACCCCAGCCUUGGGCACCUGAGCCUGGAGAGGCAGCCAGCGCCACACACUGCUCCUGUCUUAAGCCAGCAGCGCCCACCAGACGAUCUGACAGGCAAGGUCUACCAGCUGGAAGCCAUGUUGAAGCAGUUGCACAGUGACCUGCAGAAAGAGAAGCAGGACAAGGUGGUGCUGCAGGCAGAAGUGGCCACGCUCAGGCAGAACAACCAGCGGCUGCAGGAGGAGUCCCAGCACGCCAACCAGCGGCUGCGCAAGUUCGCUGAGAUCUUCUCCAGCGCCGUUGACAAAGAGGAGCUGUGAGCGGUGGGGGGGCAGACAGGUGUGGCACCUGCACAGGGGCUCCCCUAGAGAGCGAACCAUCAGUCCCCCCGUCCCCCAGCUGGGCCCCGGCCCCGUGGCCCCCUUUGUGCCUCGCCUGGGUUGAGAAGCAGCCCUGCUCUGCCCAGGGAUGUGGGUUCCCCCCCGCCAGCCAGAUGCUGGCAUCCUUAAGCCCUGCCGGGAGCAGCCCAGGCACGCUCCCCCCGCCCCGGUCAAGGGCCAUCAGGGGGCCGGCUGGUGUCCAACGGGCUGGGCGGCAGAUUGCAGCCAAACUUCUCAGAGCACUUUCUCACAACUAAAUUAUUUUCUAGGGAAUGCAGAGCGCCUCAGGAAAUUAAAAAAAAAAGUUUAAAUGUCUACAUUCUUUAUAAAACACUAUAUUUGUAUCAAUGGUACUGUUUGUAAUUUUUUUCAAUUGCAUUUCUGUGCAUGCAACUGAAUUCAGCACAGUUGAUUUUUUCCCCAGUUGCAGCAGGGACCCUGCGCUGGCACAAAGCCAUAGAGGCCCAGGGGAAGGCUCCUGGCUGGGGAACGUGUCCCAGACGCCCCCCCCCCCGGGCCUCCUGGUUGCCUGCUCUGGAGCACCAGGCCUCCCUGCCUGUGCCAGUCCUCUGCUGGGCCGGCCUGGCUGGCAGCAGGGCACACCGAGGGCACUCCACUGUCUCCACAACGCUCUGGCCAAGGAGCCCCUUCCACCCAAAGAGGGUGUUGGGGUUGAGAAAAGGGGGGGAGUGUCUGUCCUGCUCUGUGACCUGCAGGGCCCUUCACCCCCUGGGCUGGGGCUUCUGCCAAUGGCAGCAGGGAGCAGCUGGCCUGGACCACUUCCCCCCACCCCCCACUUCACAUUGCAAAACCAGCGUAUGAUCUAUGCGAAGCACAUCCUGGCCCCGGGGGUUGGGCCAGACCUGCCAGGGUCAGCCUGCCUUCCCCCCCACUUCCCUCCACCAGGGUUUCAGGGAAAUAACAAAGGGAGGCAAAAAGGCUUCUGCUGCUGACUGUCACCCAGGCCAGACUCUCCAGCUGGCUCCUGGGCUGCAGGCGACCUCCCUCCCCUUCCACUCUAGCCUUAAUUCUGCACAUGGCCAGAGGGGCUCCCGUCUCCUCUUGGCUCCUGGUGUGGGAAGCCAUCAAGGGCCCUCCAGGAAUCCCCAUGUCGGACUCUGGGCAGGCAGGGGGUAAAGGGGAGAUCGGUGCCAGCCCCCCCCCCCCGGCUCUCUUCUGGGCUCACCACCUCAGCAACCUUCCUAGGUUUUUUAAUUUUGUAGUGGGACCUCACUGGAAUUUGUAGCCUAAGGAUUCCCCCCCCCCUUUCUAAAAAGAAUUCCCCGGCGUCUGGCCUGGGAUGAUGGGCACAGUGCUCUCCUGCAACACCUCAUGUCUAUCAGUUAUAUUAUGUGUUCGUUUUUAAUUUUAUAAAAAUCGUUGCAGAUCAAAUCUGUAUUAUUUAAUUUUGUUCUGUUUUAAAGUUGCUGAUGAAGAGAACCAUCAGUUUUUGUAAAAUAAAUUCUCUAAUAUGCUGGAAA